AUGGCGGCAGCAGAAGGUCGGUCCUUGGACCUGUUGGAGCGCUUCCAGCUUGCUCAGACACGCGCCGGCUCAGUGCCCUACAUCACAAUCAUCGGUCUCAUGACCGUAACUCCUGCCGAUUGGUUCUACGUCGUGCGACAAAUCGGUCGCAAUAUCAAUCAGCUCAUGAGACUUCAUCCAAUAUUGGUUGCGAGCAUCGAUAACACUGAUAUACGCCGUCCCAAAUGGCGACCCAACAAUGACGAUCCGCCUUUCGAAACGCACGAAAUCCUCGAAGGUGCAGCCCUAGCCAUUACAGUAAGCUCCGUUGGAGAGAUCGCAGAGGUUGAGGCCGCUGAAGCUCAAGCGUUCAAUAUAGCCAGUGGGCCUCUAUGGCGUGUUGGCUUGUACAGAAUGAAGCACCAACUCCUCGACGGUUAUGUUGCAUUGACCAUCCACCACGUUGUUACCGAUGGCAUGGGUGCUCUCAAGCUUUUCGAAGAAGUCAUACGUCAACCGUCUAGCGUUCCUACAACAUCGUCGCAGCCACGGCAGCAGCCAAUGCCACCAAAGGCCCACAAAACGAUGAGGAUACAACCUUCCGUCAUCAAUACUGUACGAAAAGGCGCUCGCUGGAUCCUCAAUCACUCUUCGAAAGCGACACAGCGAUUCGGCGCAACCAGCAAAUGGCCUCCAACAAACCUGUUGAAGGACCAACCAAGAAGGCCGGGUGUCAGUCAUAUCUCUGUCGAUUUUAGUAAAGAUCAGAACAGGAUUGUUGAGAGGUUAGAAGCUCUGGGCCAUCAGAUCGGCACCGUACACUCGGUACUGCACACUGCUGCUGUCGUGGCACUGGCAGCAGCUGUGUCCGAUGGCGAUAAGAACGCUUUUGACACUAUCGGCACAGAGACGCCAAUGUCGCUGCGCUCAGACCGCAAGCAUCCACGCAUCGGCGGCAACUACACCGGUCUGGUCGAGAGGUCUAUCCCGAUAUCCAAGUUGAAAUCAGAAACCAUCGCCAGCUUCACCAAAGCCAUGAACAACUACAUACACUCACGAGAGGCAAGAAGCGAUGCCAGAAGCAGAGUGGGAGAGUUUCGUCUGUUGCCUGACCGACUGAUACCCGAUCUUUGGAAAGACCGCCUUACCAAGAGAGGGACCUCAGAUAACCCGUUUCGCAAUUCUCUGAUGAUAUCCAACCUGGGCCGCUUCGAACCUAGACAGCCUCCUCUGGACAAAGUAUGGUUCUGUCAUGCCAGCAUGCCCUGGGAUGCUGCUAUCAACAUGGAUGUAGUUAGUCUUGCUUUCAAACAAGCUUCGGACGUCAGUGGUAGACGAGAAGCUAGGUUGGCCGUGAUGAUCUCAUGGCUUGAUGGUGCCAUCGAAAGACGCAUCAUUGAUCGGUUCAGCGCAGCACUUGUGAGGGUAGUUAACCUGCUAGCGAAAGCUGGAGGUGCUCCUAAUUUGGAUCGUCACGCUAUGCGUGGAAGAAAUCUUCAAGACCUUGUGAACUAG